GGAUUUCCGAAUACGCAAAUAUUUCUGGGGAAAAAGCAUUAAUCAUUACUGCCCCCGUUCCGUAUUCGGCUACUACAAAAUUAACCACUCAAAUAGGCAAUUUUUCGUUAGUUAAUGGAUGA